CCCCCUGGCUUUGGGUCUCGAGGGAGGGAGGCGGCGGCCAUGUUCGUGCCGGAGGAGAAGAUCUUCGCGGCCCAAGUGCUGCGCCUCCGCAUCUGCGCGCUGGACGGGGCCGAGUGGCUGGAGGAGGUGGCCGAGGACACGGCGGUGGAGCGCCUCAAGGAGCGCUGCUGCCUCAAGCACUGUACACCUGGGAGCUUGGAGGAUCCAAAGAGUGUAACACAUCAUAAAUUGAUCCAUGCUGCUUCAGAGAAGGUGCUGAGUGACACCAAAACCAUUUUGGAGGAAAACAUUAAAGACAGAGAUAUUUUGGUGCUGAUGAAGAAGAGAGCUCCUCCUGCCCCUCCCCAAAUGGUUGAAAUUUCUGAAGAGGAAAAGCGGAAGCUGGAACAGAAAGCUCCAGAUAAGGAGGCGAUUCUGAAAGCAACCACCAAUCUCCCAUCUCACAGCACAGACCGCAGCGUGGCUCACCACAGCAUGAGGGAUUUCCAGACAGAGCUUCGGAAGAUCUUAGUCUCUCUUAUAGAAGUUGCCCAGAAAUUGCUAGCGUUGAACCCUGAUGCAGUGGAACUGUUUAAGAAGGCAAAUGCCAUGUUAGAUGAAGAUGAGGACGACAGAGUGGAUGAGAUUGCCUUGCGCCAACUGACAGAAAUGGGGUUUCCAGAGAGUAGAGCUGUCAAAGCCCUUCGUUUAAGCCACAUGUCCGUGACUCAGGCCAUGGAAUGGCUAAUUGAGCAUGCAGAUGACCCCACAGUUGAUACUCCUCUGCCAGGUCAGUUCUUGGUUGAAAAUGCCACAGGAACAGAUGCAUUCGCCACUCAGGCAGUUGCUGCUGGGGCUAGCCUUGAUGUGAACAGAGAAGAGCCGAAGGAUGAGCUGACAGAAAUAUUCAAGAAGAUACGCAGGAAAAGAGAGUUUCGUCCUGAUCCAAGGGCUAUCAUUGCCUUGAUGGAGAUGGGCUUUGAUGAGAAAGAGGUGGUGGAUGCACUCAGAGUGAACAACAACCAGCAAAAUGCAGCAUGUGAGUGGCUGCUGGGAGACCGGAAACCCACUCCUGAGGAUUUAAACAAGGGAAUCGACCCUUCCAGUCCCCUCUUCCAAGCCAUCCUAGAAAACCCUGUGAUACAGCUUGGUCUAACAAACCCUAAAACACUACUUGCCUUUGAGGAUAUGCUUGAAAAUCCCUUAAACAGUACUCAGUGGAUGAAUGAUCCAGAAACGGGGCCUGUCAUGUUACAGAUUUCACGUAUCUUCCAGACACUCAAUCGUACAUAAAAGGGGCAACUCUGCCUGUUCUGCCAGUUUUGGACUCUGAUUUUGGCUUUGCGGUUUCUGAACAACAGGAGGCAACAACGGUUGAAUGAGGCAGAGUGUUUGCGGUGUUUUUUCUUUUUUGCAUAGGUGUAUUGCAAAUAAAACAUUUCUUAGUUUUGGCUUACAUGCUGUGUGAUUUUACCAUUAGUCUAAGAGUGUUUUAAACUUGAGGGUGUCAUGUUUUUAAGUGUUUGUGUAGAAACAUAAAAUUAUACAUAAAUAUAAAAUGAGGGUUUUACAACUGUCUAAGAAUCUGACAAUUUGCAAAAUGACAACACAGCUCAUUUUGAAAAAAAUCUGUGCAGUAACAUCUUCAGAUCACUGGCAUCAGCUGUCUGGCACAUGCUCCAAAUUAAAGUGUAUAGGCAGUCAAUGAUAAGAUCAUAUCAUAAUUUUCACCUCUACUUGUUGUUAAGCUCUGUACUGAAGUACAUUAGACUUUCUAAAGUGACAUUUUGGGUAUUCUAUUUUUAUUAUAUGUGGAAUGGAAGGUUGGGAAAGAAGGUGUGGUUCUCUGCCCCACUCACACGUGUUUAUAGUGCAUUAGGAAUUGUCCUGUUACAGGGUCAGACCCAGGAUCCAUCAAAUCCAACACUUGGUUUCCAACACCAGCAAUUUGUAUCUGGAAUUAUUUCAGUGAAAGGGAAGCACACAUUGUUAACACCUCAGUGUACAAGUAAGCAAUUCUGUUGGCCUGAGUGCCAGCCAAGCAGCCUACUUGUAAAGAUGUUAUGUCUGCAUAUGGGACAAUAGAAGAGUUAUCAUUGACUAGACACACUGGAAAUAAGCCAAGCUCCAGCAGUGCUGCCUACCAACCAGCUCAUCAGAGAUUCACCAUGGAUCUGGCUGUCAGCUGUGAGGGUCCAGGUUUUGGGCUUGGCAUAAACCAAGACCAUAACUUUCUUUCAUGGCACUGAGCUCAAAAGCACUGCCAAGUCCUUCAGGUUCACCCUGUUUACUUAAGGGGAAAACUAGCCCCAAAUGCCCAGCAAAAUGGCCUGGCGUGCUGCUGUUCAGCAUGUUUGCUGAGAGUUACCUACCUUAGUACAAGGUAUGAAACCCACAGGAAUCUGCAUUUUCCAGAAUGAGCUAGUCCUACAAAGUUCUCAGAUUAAUGAUGAUACUUACAUUUGGAGAUGAUGAUUCUGAAUACAAAUUUGCUCAGCUGGUAUAUUCCAAUUUGAGCACAAUCCCCCCCCCCGCCCCCACCCACGGUUCUUCUCCAGUACUGAUCAUCUCCCUGGGUCUUUCUGGUACAAUAAUGUACCAGGCAGCAAACAUCACCAGGCCAGGUAAGAGUAGGAGAAUGAAAAUGGUGGAGGUGGCGCUUGGCGGGGUGGGUGGGGUGUGGAAUGUCCUUUAGGCAGUGGUGGGAUUCAAAUAAUUUAACAACUGGUUGUUUACAAGCACCAUUUUAACAACUGGUUCUGCCAAAGUGGUGCGAACCAGCUGAAUCCCACCACUGCCUUUAGGGGAGUCCGGGCAGUUCAGGAGCUAGGCCUCCCAGCUGAUGGUUGUUUCUCAAUUACUUUCAACAAGCCAGCCUGCUUCCACCUGAGCAGAGGGAGAAUUCUGAUGCAAAUUGACUCUCCAACAAAAAAGACGGGUGGACUGAAAGCAUUUAAAUAUCUAUUUAAUAUACAUGUAAUGAAAGCAGAUUAAAUAGCAGCAUGGAUUAAAAGCACAGCAACUUCUCAUGGAAUUGUUUUUGGCUGUUUGGAUACCAUUUAAAGAAAAAUACUGCAAAAAUGUAGGUUUUCAGAUGUAGGUUGAAUGACUUUAGAUGUAGGUUGAAUGACCUUUUGGGGAGGGGAGAAGCAACUUGUUUUAAAAUGUUUCACUGGUCAGAGUUCGAAGGUGUCUUGCAGAACAUCUGGUUCAGUCUCCAUACUUCAUGUAGGAAUAUGUGACAAUAGUAUUGUGGACAGAUGGCCAUUCAUCCUCCCUAAAAACUGCAACUCCAGGGGGAUCUACCACCUGUGGCAGCCUGUUCUGUUGAACAGCUGUUAUCAUAAGGAUGUGUUCCCUAAUUUGCUGGAGCCCAUUUACUUGUACAUUUCACCCCUUAGUUCUAGUCCUGUCCUCCAGAGCAAGUGAAAACAACUUUGCUCCUUCUGGCAUGUGCCUUCAGAUAUUUGAAGACGGCAAUCAUGCCAUCAUUAGUUUUUUUCCCCCAAUCCAAAUAAACAUGCCCAGUUCUUUCAGACUUCCUGUACUGACUUUAGUUUCCAGACUCCUCACUAUCCUUCUGAGGUGAGAGACCCAGUUCAUUCUAGAUAUUUGGAUGAAAAUGUUGAAUUUGAUCUCUGUAAGUGCUUGGAUCAUCUUCACAAAUAGGCAAACUACUGCAGACCAAAAUUUUCCUGUCUAACUUUUAGUCUGUGCAUUCAUACAUUGAUGGAGACAGCUGGAAGAACAAAGUUUAUUUCCUGGAGCCCUCAAGAGCAGUUGUAACCAUUGAAGUUUGCAUGGAUCUUCUGGAAGUUGGGCAGUUGUUUUCCACUUGAUGGAAUGAAAGGGGUCUGAUAGGUCAUAGAUAGAAAAAAUUAUUUUGUGGAGGAAGAAGAGAUUUGAUUGUUCUAUUGGUUUGUGUGAGGUAAAAGAUAUCUCAGGGAAUGAGGCCAACAAAAUCGUGGAGAAGGAAAGAUACAUGAACAUAGCCUGAAACGGAAAACUAAAAUCUUUAAGGAUGGCAAGUUUUAGACCUAGCCUGAAGGAUAUAUGUAUUGAUAAUAAUUUGUUUGCUCAAAUGUUUAGUCAAUUUUUGCUUUAACAAAUGCAUUUUCAUUCUGUAAAGAAUGGCUGCUAAUAUAAGUAAAGUUAUUUUCCCCUGAAA